ACCGCACCGCACCGCACCGGGGGCCCAGGGGGCCGGGCCCAUGCCCCACCAUGUCCCUGGCCCCCGGGACCCAGGCGCCCGGGCGCGGACCCGACCCCGCCGCCGGAGCCCGGAACGCCCUGACCCGCGAAAAAUGUGACAAAGACAAUGAAGAGAGAGAUCUAACCCAGCCCACCGACAGUAGGUGCGUGCGUCCGGAGACAAAGGACCCGUCGAGCUGGGUUACAUGUCCUGACGGUGACCUCAUCAGAACACAACCCCAGCGACUGCCCCAGCUCCAGACGUCAGUGCAGGAACCAAACGAGGGAGAAGUGGGAAAGGUGCACAACAGCCAGCCAGGCCUGAGUAAUGGGAACGGCCUCUACAAAGGGGUCAGGCCCCCAGCUCCGGACAACCGAAUGCUCUCUGCUCCUGUGGCCCAGAAAAUGCACCGGAAGAUUCAGUCCAGUCUGUCCGUGGGCAGCGACAUCAGCAAGAAGAGUAAAGUGAGCGCUGCAUUUUCCCAGAAGCCGGGCUCCUCCCCAGAAGCAGACUGCUGCGUCCACUGCAUCCUGGCCUGCCUCUUCUGCGAGUUCCUGACCCUCUGUAACAUAGUCUUGGGCCAAGCAUCGUGCGGGAUCUGCACUUCCGAAGCCUGCUGCUGCUGCUGCUGCUGCGGGGACGAGGUGGGCGACGGCUGCAACUGCCCCUGCGACAUGGACUGCGGCAUCAUGGACGCCUGCUGCGAAUCGUCGGACUGUUUGGAAAUCUGCAUGGAAUGCUGCGGAAUUUGUUUCCCCUCGUAAAUAUUUAUCUCCUAUUGUGUUCUGAUCAAAACUGGAGUCUUUUGAGAGUUUUUUUUUUCCAUUGUGUUGAAAGGGAAAAGGAAAGUCAUAAUAAGAUUUUCACCAGUCCACCCCAGUAUUUGCACUGUUCACUCCCUAGGUUAAAGAAUCCCAUCAGACCAAAUAGUUUAACCAGAGCUGUAUGCUGUGGUGGGUGAAGCCUUCCCUGCUUUUAUAUUCUUACUGGGAUUACUUUUAAUCAAGGGAGAUUUCAUGUUUUGCAAAAACAAAAAUAAAUCUUGGGUUUUUCUUGAGGGCCCUCGCUAGCUAGAUUUGUGCUAAAUGUACCAAGUAGACCCUUGUGCCCAACCCAUUUAUCCUUAACUUUUUAAAUAUUUUUUUUUGCCUUUUCUGCCUCUUGAAGUUGAGGGGAGAGAUUGUGCAUUUUCCCUUCACUGUACUCUCCAGAGCGUUGCUCCGUACACAGGAGACAUUCAACAAUUGCCUUCGAAUCCAUUGAAUGAAUGAAUCUCCCUGUGGUUGAAACUGCAAGUCAAAAUACCAUCUCCCAACUCCCUCCCAAACAGACGGAUAAUUUUUUGGUGGGGGAGGCAGCUGAGUUGUCCCAGUGAUCUCACUUGGACCUUCCCCACUGCCACCAGAAGGUUUUGGAUUCAGAUCCAAGCAUUGAAAUCCCUCACUGAGGGGCAAUGAGAGACUCUAAGGGACAGGCCUAGGCUCUGAAGAAGGGAAGGAAAAGAGGUAGAUCUUUGCUCAAAUAGGAGACCUCAAUCUCAGUAGAAAACAUAACCUCGAGGCACCCUGCCUCCGGGUUCACAGCGGUUAGACCCAGUGCCCAUGACGAUCUGUUCCCUAAGUGCUCCAACUCCUUCAGUUUGUCCUCGGACACCUCUGCAACUGCAGAUGAGAUGCGUGUUCCCGGAAUUGUCCGGCCGGGAUUUUUCGGUGUAAGUGGAAUUUGAGCCGAUUUCAGUUUCAUUCUGAAGUUCCUCGAGGGGAGCCGUAAAAUCUUGUUAAGCUGCUAACGGUGUAUUUGGAAUACUGUAGUGCCAACUUGGAAGCCACGGCUUAACCCGGCCAAUGGAAUGCCUUAUCCUUUAAUCAACAAUCCCAGGUACCAUAAUCUGAGCCUGGAUCGUUUUUCUGGUCCCUUGUGUUUUGUUUUUUCAAGGUUUUGCAUUUCCUUCUUAGCAGGGGCCGCAGUUCACUUCCACUCGGAGGUGUUGGCUGGCGUGUCCGAAGCGGAGGCUUAAAGUGCCUCCGAUGAAAUUCCCCAUACCACCCUGGGGAUCAGGGGAGGGUGGGGAGAGAAAUUAGGGGCAGGGGCAGGGGAAGGGUAGGGGGUAGGAAGGGUGGGGGAGGGAGGCGUGUGGCUCCAGCUUUCUGGUUAAGAAAAAAGCCGGGAAUCACACUUACGAAACGGUCACGCUUACAAUUCUGGAUCCCAGCGGAUUCGGGAAUGCAUUCUCCUACUGUGUGUUGUCCAACUCUGCCUUGAUUUUUCCUGCAGAGUUGCAGGGUUUCACUCUCAUCUCUUGGAGGGUGAGGCAUUGGUAGAGGUAUAUCUUUGGACCAAUAUUUUUUUUUCAACUUUUCCUGCUGCACUUACUGAAAAAGAACUCACUUCCAGCAUGCUUUUACUAAACCCAGCCUCCUUUUCAAGAACGCUGGGGUACCAGCAUAGGCUGGAAGAACAGGAAAGGCAUCCAUUUACCUAUUUAUUUCAUGAAAUCUAGUUUCUAGAUUCUUCAUGCCUCAUGAGAGCCUUUUAAAAUAUAUAUAUUGCCCCAGUCAUAGGGCAGUUUACAAACUGAGUUCAGAACAAAAAUGUCUAGUAAAUACCUGUAUUUCAUGUUCUGUCCUAAAGAGUACAUUCCGUCUUUUAAACCAGAUACAGGCAGAGCUUUGUAGUAUUUAUGCAUAACUAAAAUCUGAAUACAUAUAUGAACCCGAGUCUAACAUUCCAUGUAUUCACUAGAUAUAUGAAAUACUAGAAUUUAAAAGUAUCACCUGUUUAUUGACCUAUAGAAUCUUUAAAUGACCGGGAAUUAUCAUCUGAUUCUUUCAUUUUUUUUAUCCUGAAAGUACUUUUUGGUCAUGUGAUUUAUUUGACAUUAAAAUAUAUCCUGUUACUAUUUGCUAUAGAAAUAUUAGCAUUUUUAUAAAAUGUAUCUCUGUAGCAGAGAACAUUAGUGGAUAGUUUAUAGAAUUUCAAUGCAUAUUUAUGUAUUCUCAAAACUCUCCUCUGUUUUAAGUGUACUCUAGGCAAUCAUGUGUAAGCACCUUUUGCUAGAGAAACAAAACAGAAUGAAAAGUAGAUAAAUGUGAGAAAGGAGUUGAAGGAACAAUUCAGAAUUUUUCAAAAUGAAAAUGUUAUGUUGGUUAUGAUGUGGGUGAGUGGGAUGGUUUACAGUCAACAGUUUGGCAAAAAUACAGCAGUGGUUCACGUUUUGAUAUUGGAAUUCUGCCCUCUCAAUUUAAUAUUAACUGGAUCUGUAUUCUAAAAGCAACACUAUUUUGAAAUAAAAAAAACCUUUAUUUUGA